GCCUUCCGCCCGGCGCGCGGCGGCGUUGGGAGCGUUUUGAGGUUCCUUCAUGGAGCCGCGCAGAAAGGACACGAAAAGGGCAGAGAAACGGCGCCCACCGUAGCCGAUGGCACCGCGGAGUGCUCCUGACUGUGCUCGGCGGUGCCCCGAUGAGCGCACUGGGCACCCGGGAGCGGGUUUGGGGUGAACGGAGCCCCCCCCCGCCCGGCACGGCCCGGGCUCAGGUUCCCCUUUGUGCACGGCGCGCGGCCCUGAAACUUUCAUGAGGACAUCGGAUCGCCACCGGGGCCGCCCCACCUCCCCGCCUGCCGCUGCGCAUCGCCUCUGUCCCGCAGCCCCGCGCCAUGACCCAGGGCAUCUGGGGGCUCUACAAGGCCAGGGUGCUGCAGACCCUGGGGGGGGCACGGGCUGAUGGUGCGCUGCAGGAGGAGGGAGAGCCCUCCGAGCUGAUGGAGGCAGCGGAGCCCCCCGCGGUGAUGGAGGAGGGACCGGGCCCUGUGUCCCAGCUGGCACGGAAGGUCCAGGGGGGCUGGCGGACGUUCUCAUCCCUCUUCACCCGCGAGGAUGAGCACCAACUGCUCAAUGCAGAGCCCUGCGCCGACCACCCUCUGGCUGCCAUGCCUGCUGAGCUGCCUCCCACCCAGAAAGCAGGCGGUUUUUGGGAUCUCUUCGCUACCAAAUGGCAGCAGGCAUCAGCACCGGACAAGGAGGUGGCCCCUCCAGAGCUGGGUGAGAGCCCCACGGAGCCACCGGGUGAUGAGGGCCCCAGCGACCUGCGGGAGCCGGAGGAAGGGGCCUUCAGAUGGGGCUUCCUGGCCAACAAACUGGCUGAAAUCCGAAAUAAAAAUGCUUCCAAGGGCAACUGAAGGAGGCGGUGCCAACGUGGCCCCGCGGCAGCACCAGCCAGUGAUGCUGUGAUGGGCCCUGGCAAUGUGGAGGUGUUGGCACUAAAGACCCCACGGUGCCCUUCUCCCUGA